GCCUUGUAGGACAUAAUAAUCGGCUGGAGCUUGGCCACCUUCGAGGCAAGUGCGCACUCCUACUGCGCUUCGCUCAUAGUUGGGAAAAGCAAGUGUCCCACCCCAAGCAAGUCUCAUCAAAAUUCUCAAUUCGAUCAAUGAGAACCCAGUGCCGCUGGAUAUCGCCUGGGAAAUUGGAACGUCUCUGACAGUAGCAUCACUCAUUGAAAGCCUCGAUUACGAGAUGUAGAGAACGCUGAUCUCAAUGUACAAGUAUCUCGCCAUUGCCAAAAGAAUUGCGCCUUUCAGCACGAGAAAAAUGGCGUUUAUGUGUCGGAUUAUGUUUUCCGAGAUGAGGAAGAGACAGGAAACACUGCAUUCGGUGUGGGAACGACUUGAUAUUGAGCUCAGGAAGAUUAACGAGAUUGGGCUUUCUGUGCAAAGCGGCUGAACCUACCACGUUCAAAUGUCUCAAAAGAAACCGGAAUCCAAAACCAAAAAAGAAGUGGCCAAGCUGUUGAACUACGAAUAGCGCUGGGGAAUAUAACUCAUCAGAAGAAGAGUGUGACAAUUCCGAUUCAAAUACAGGUGGGAAGAAGAGUGGCCAUAAGACCGAUGUACACCGUACAAAGUCACUGGCACACUCCCCCGAAGAUUUCGUGGGAGAUUGAUGAGUUUGCCCUCAACCAGCGGGCUGGAGAGGCACUGAAUAGUGGCGUUAGCAUAGUCGACUUCGGAGAAAGACAGUCGAGGUUAUUUAGUGCAAUAGCCCUGCAUCUGGAAGCUGUCAGGAGUUUGUUCUUGAAAGAGUUAGUUCACACAGCUUAGCCACAUUUUUGGUUGCAAGAAUUCCGUUAUUCAAUCUUAUAUGCAUGGCUG